AUGUCCAUCGCCGCGAUCGGCAUCGCUCCCGUUCACGCGCGCGUGGUCGCGCCGAUCGCGCGCAGACACCGCGAGCGUCUGACGCGCGCCUCGAGCGCGUCCCGCUUUGACUCUGCGCCCGCGGCGUCAACCCUCGGGUUCGCUCUCCGCGCGCGUCGUCGCUCCGCCGCGCGUCGUCCGUCGAGUCGUCACGUCCGCGCGGAUGCCGUGGCAUCGUCGUCGGCGUCGUCGAAGACGGAAUCGGGCGGGAACACGACGCUCGUCGUCGCCGGAGCGGUCGCGGUGUGCGCCAUCGCGGCGACGCACGCGAGCGGCUCCGCCAUCGCGCGCGCGGGUGGAAGCGCCGUCUUGGGAUGCCUACUAGCGCUCGUUGGGUACAAGAAGAAGUCUCUCGACGCGAGUGGGGCGAUCGCGGCGAUCGGAGUUGGUUUUGGAAGCAUUUACGCCGACGCGCGGUUCGGCGCGGCGCUCGCGGCGUUCUUCUUCACGAGCAGCGCGGUGACGCGAGUGCGCUCGGAUGUGAAGCGAAGGGUCGAUGAACACUUCAAAGUCGGUGGUGGGAGAGAUUGGGUGCAGGUGUUCGCGAAUGGUUUCGUGCCGACGAUGAUCGCGUUGGCGUACGCGUUCGGAGCCACGGGCUCGAACGCGGGCGCGAUGGCGAGCGCGUAUUUAGGAUAUUACGCGUGCUGCGGCGGCGACACGUGGGCAUCCGAGCUCGGGGUGUUGUCCACGUCUAAACCUAGGCUCAUUACGAACUGGACGCGCGAGGUGGACGCGGGAACCAACGGCGGCGUCACCGCGCUGGGAUGGGUCGCGAGCGCGAGCGGCGGCGCCGCCGUGGGCGCCGCGUUUCAUCUCGUCCAGGUCAUCCUCCGCGCGUUCGCUCCAAACGGCGCAGUCAGAUUUGCUCCAUCGAGUGCGCUCGAGCUCAUCGUCUUCGGCGCCGUCGCCGGUGUCUUCGGCUCGCUCGUCGACAGCGUCCUCGGCGCUACCAUACAGUUUUCGGGUUGGUGCUCCGCGCGCCAAAAAGUCGUCUCCAAGCCGGGCCCAUCCGUCGAGCGCAUCAGCGGUCUAGAGAUCCUGAGCAACAGUGCGGUCAACUUGGUGUCUGGGAUCGUCACCGCCGUCGUCGCCGCUGUAUUCUUCCCACUGUAA